GCUAUACGGCAAAAAUGAGCCGUCUGUACGAUGCCGUGGAGCCGGCUGUACUAGACUACAACAUGCUGGAAGAGGCGGUCCAUUCAAUGUGUCCAAGCGGAGUCGUCGGAGAGCUGGCCAAGCGUGAGGGCAUACCACUAGAAACGGUGACCGAAUUGCGCUUGGAUUUUAAGAAUAUUUUGCAUAUUGACAAUUUGUCGCCCCUUAAGAACCUUGUCAAAUUGCAGCUUGACAACAAUACGAUUGAACAGAUCAGCGGUCUUGAUAGCUUGGUUAACCUGAAAUGGCUCGACUUGUCCUUCAAUAAGAUUGAACGGAUUGCUGGGCUAGAUCAUCUGGUGAAUCUCGAGGAUCUCUCUCUGUUCUGUAACAGAAUAGAAAAACUGGACAAUUUGGAUUCACUAAAGAAGCUACAGGUCCUCUCAGUAGGCAAAAACAAACUUUUCGAUGAAGCUGAUGCAAGUUAUAUACUUGCGCAGAUUUCCUGUUCUCCAGUCGCUGUGUAUUCGAGGAAAUCCUCUGUGUGAUUCUGAAGACUACCAGUACUUACUGACAGCUUUUCUACCCAACCUGAUCUACAUUGACUAUAAACGAUGCGACCGUAGUUUGAGAGCACAGGCGUACGAGAAAUAUCAGUUGCGAAUAGAUGAAUUAAAUGCUCAAGAACAGGCAGAAAGGGAAUCGGAAAGACGAAGUGAGGAGCUUGAAGCCAAAAAACAAUUGCACCAACGAGCUUUCGUUUCCGACUUGGACAGCGACACAAUCUUCCAAGCACUCUACGAGAACGAUCCAGAGGGGCGCGCAUUAUUGCCGGUUCCGGAGUUCUCGCAUACUAUUGAGACUUUCUCCGAGGCGCUCACAAAAGAAUGCAGAGGAGUUUUUCGACUCGGUUUAGAAGAGCUGGAGAAGCGCCAGAUGGAACUGGACAGCUUCUGGGAGUGCGUCAAUCGGGAAAAGAAAGUGAAUGGCGAUCGGAGCGUUGAACAGAUAAACGGCUUCAAAUCUUACCAACUGGAGGCGCUGAAGGAAUUGGGGACGCUGACGGACCCCAUCUCCGUUGAAUCACAUGUUAAGGAGUACAUGAACCGGGUUCAUCAAUUAUGGUAUGCACUGAUGAAGAACGAAAUGAUUCUGGUAGAGGAACUGGAUGAGCUGAUGAGUGAAUUCAAGCUCAACAUGGCGGAUAUGGUGAACAGCUUCAUUGAGCGUACUGAGGAACAUUUUGCACAGUGUCGACAACUGCAGGCACAGUUCAGUGAUAGACUGAUGGACUUGUACCCAACCGUACUGGAGCGGUUCCUCAGACCAGAAGUCGACGUAGUAGCCCCGGAGGAGACUCGCACAAUUUUCAUGGACAAAGACAGUGUGAUCAACGCAAUACAGGCCAGCAAUGAUGCCCAUUUAGUACAGAUUGAUUCGUGGGCAGACAGAGUCAGUCAAAAAGCCCGCGCGUGGUUCAGCGAACUGAUGGACCGGCUAGUGGAACAAGAAGGCUAUGAAAGGAAUCGGGCUCGUGUGAUGGAAAUCAAUCAGUUAACGGAUUCCUUCCGCGAAGAAAUCGAAAAGAUCGAUCUUGUCACAACAGGAGAAGUAUGAUCGCUGUACUCGAAACCAGACAGGUUCUCGUCAUACAUGGUCACAAAAAUAACACUCU